AUGUCUUCUUUAGAUAUUGAGUCGACGCCAUUGCCUUUAUCCACCGUGCCAUUCCCGCGCGAUCCGGAUUUCGUUGAUAUUGGAGGCCUCGUCGGUCAAGUUCACUUCAGAUGCUCUUCCCAAACAGAGCGUCCAGUGAUAUUUGUUGGCGCAGGUGGGACAGGCAAGUCCCAUCUAGCUAUCGAGUACUCAUACCGAGUACGAGAGAAGUCACCCGAUACAUGGGUCCUGUGGAUCAACUCACGUACUCCAGCUCGCUUCCAGCAAAGUUGCGCGGACCUUGCUAAACGUGUCAAGGCUCCUGGCUAUAAGAAUCCUGAUGCGAACAAGUUCGGAAUUCUGUGUGAUUGGUUACAGAAUGAGCAACCAGGAAGAUGGAUGCUUGUUUUGGAUCACGUCGACAAUGCCGAUUUUUUUCACGAAGUAGGGCUUAGGGGACCUGGUUCCCUUUUUGACCUUCUUCGUCGUUGCCCAAAUGGAGCUAUUAUUUUGACGACCCGGAGCUUCGAAAUCGUGGAACAAUUUGAUAGACGUGGGGAUCUAGUCCUGAUCCAUCCAAUGAGGUCGAUCUAUGCUGAGACCUUGCUGGAGACAAAGCUAAAGCAUCGGGCAACAAACACCGAGACAGUCGGCAUGGCUCUUGAAGAACUUAUGUUUCUGCAAUUGGGAAUUGUCAUCGCAGCAGCUUAUAUCAACUACCGAGGGGCUACUUAUUCCGUGGGGCGAUAUGUCGAUGAUUUGUGCAACAGCGAGUUCAGUGCACUUAGUCUUACCGAUGCUGAUCAACAUCAUGUGAACAUGAGAGAGUGCCUAGUCAUACCUUGUCAAUUGGCAAUCGAGUACAUUCUCGAAAUCAGACCAUCUGCGGCAGCUCUUCUGUUUCUGGCAAGCUUCUUUGACGAACAAGGCAUUCCCGAAUACAUCUUGCGAAAUCAACCCGAGAAUGAAGAGUUUGAUAGAGAUGAUACUGAGGACACUUCAGAUGCUUCAUCCUUUACCAUUGUGGAUGGAUUUGAGGAUGAUGUCGAGGUAUUGAAGGAUUUCUGUUUAAUCGCCCCUGAUACCACGGGAAGGACCUUUAAAAUGCACAACCUUGUCCAAUGGUCCACCAAAAAAUGGCUCAAAGCUCACGGAGAGUUCGAUCAAUGGCAGCAAACUUUCCUUACUAGAAUCAGCAAGGAAUUCCCAACUCCUACCACAGAAACCUGGGAGACAUGUCAACUACUUUUUCCCCACGUCCAGACAACAAUAACAGACCAUCCCAAGGGAUGGCCGAACGAGUCAUUUACGGAAUGGAUAACACUCAUUCACAACGCUGCGUCAUUUGCCUUCCGACAAGGUGAUAUCCCAGUUGCACAAGAGAUGAUGCAAUUGGCAUUGGAAGAACAAAAUAGGCAAGUAAGCGCAAACGACCCGUCAAUUCUCGCAACCAAAGACUUUAUGAGUCAAAUAUACUACUCAUCCGGUCACUGGCAAAGCGCAGAAGCCCUCAGCACAGAAAUCCUAGCCGAAAGCAGAGGUAUACUUGGACAUGAGCACCCCGACACGCUACGCCGACAAGCAAAAUUGCUCAUGCUUUAUAUGAAACAAGGUCGAUAUGAAGAUGCUGAAGCAGGCUACACCGAGCUUUCAGCAAGCUCAAAAAGAGUUCUGGGAUCCCAAAACCCAGAUACACUUGAAUGCCUCAGCAAUCUUGCCACGGCACUCGCAAUGCAGGAAAAGUGGAUUGCGGCAGAGAUUGCGCUCCGCGAAGCAAUCAAUGGAAGUAUCAACAUCCUUGGUGAGGGAAAUCCGACGACCCUCGAGCGGAUGAAGAGUCUUGUAAAGGUCUUUCUGGCGUUCGGGCGCGCUCGAGCUCGGGAGGCGGAGGCACUACAGAUCCGGGUCGUAGAUAUUUCCAGGGCGGUGUUUGGUCCCGAGCAUGUUAAUACGGUGGAUAGUAUGAAUGAUCUGAUAGAUAUGCACUUGCGCUCGAACAAAUGGGAGGCGGCUGAGGCGCUACAGCUACAUGUGCUUGAGGUUCAGAGAAAGCUGCUCGGGGAAGAUCAUCCGACCAUUUUGGCUAGUAUGGACAAUCUUGUUUUCCUUUGUCUUAAGCAGGAGAGGCUGCAUGACGCUCAGUUCGUGCAGCAAAGCAUCAUAGAGAUCUCGAUGAGCAAGCUGGGUGCGGAGCAUUAUCUGACGCUGCGGGCUAUGAGCAAACUAGAUGAGAUACGCAAGGACAUCAUUGAACUCGAGGAAAGAGACGCUCCGGAGGAGCUCGAGAGAUGGUUAUGA